GACUUGCACUAAACUUUGAGGGAGAUCCCAACGGCUAUAAAGUUCGCAUCUGCGAUCCUGCAAACCAACAGUAAGCUCUGUCUCCUCUCUAUCUUCACCACCGAUUGGCAAGCGAACCAAUCGGCAAUAGCUUUGUCUUCUCUCUGUCUUCUUCUCCGGUCCGCACCAUGAAUGGACUCGAGCACCCGCGCAAUGGCCGGACCGCCUACCACUUCCAGCCGGCCAAGUUCUGGCAGAAUGAUCCCAACGGGCCACUGUACCACAACGGCAUGUACCACUUCUUCUACCAGUACAACCCCAAGGGCGCCACCUGGGGCGACGGCACGCUCUCAUGGGGCCACUCCGUCUCCGGCGACCUCGUGAACUGGGCCGACGUCGGCAAUGCGCUCGACCCCACCUCCCCGUUCGACGCCAACGGCUGCUGGUCGGGCUCCGCCACCGUGCUCCCAGGCGGCCGCCCGGCCAUCCUCUACACCGGCAUCGACGCCAACCGGGUGCAGGUACAGAACGUGGCCUUCGCCAAGAACCCCGCCGACCCGCUCCUCCGCGAGUGGGAGAAGCCCGACUGCAACCCGGUCAUGCCCAUGCCGGCGGACGUCACCGGCAACAACUUCCGCGACCCCACUGAGGCGUGGCGCGGCCGCGACGGCCUGUGGAGGGUCGGCGUCGUCGCGGAGGUCGGCGGCGUGGGGUCCCUGCUCGUGUACCGGAGCGCGGACUUCCUCCGCUGGGAGCGCAACGCCGCGCCUCUGCACGCCAGCUCGCGGGACGUGCCCGUGCUGGAGUGCCCGGACCUGUUCCCCAUGGCGCCGCCCGGCGCGGCGGAGGGGCUCGAGGUGUCGGCGAGCGGCGCCGGGGUGUUGCACGUGCUGAAGCUCACGGACUUCGCCAAGGAGGACCACUACAUGGUCGGCCGGUACGACGACGAGGCGGACACCUUCGUGCCGGCGGAGCCCGAGCGCGGCGACGAUCCCGGCAACUGGCGCCGGCUCGACCACGGCCACCUGUACGCGUCCAAGUCCUUCUACGACGCCCGCAACAAGCGGCGCGUGCUGUGGGCGUGGGUGGACGAGAACGACGGCGGCGGCGUCGCCAGGGUGUGCCGAACGGCGGAGGCGAUAUGUAGCUCGGUUGCGCCGGACGUCGCGACGCAUGAAGCUUCGAUUGCAGGGUGUGCUGGUGCAUUGCUGCAUGCGCGAUUGAGUUGAUGCAUUUGGAGCCUUGAGUGAGAGUUUGUGGUGAUUUAUCCUAUAUACUAUAUUAUUCAAUAAUGAAACAUUGUUUAACAAAAUACUCAGUACAAAUGGAAACAACCGGGUACACGUA